GCUUCAGCAACAUAUAUGUUUAACUUAUACUAUAAAUAGGUACCUUAUCAACUGUAAUGACAACUAUUACAUAAAUGGGCGUAAUAGGCACUAGGACAUUUGUAUGUUAAAUUAUAGAGAUUUUGGUAAAUGUACAAUGAAGAUAAAUGUUGCAGUAGUUCUUAAUUUACUAAUUGUACUGUUCCAAAUAGCCGCAGCAUAUGCCUCCAAUACCAAUUGUCAAGAAGAGGUUGACUAUCUAACAAAUCUAGUAAUAAGUGCGGAGAAAAAUGGCCUUACUCAUAAAUUACCAGAAAAUGCAGACGAGUAUAAACCCAAGAGCGACAAUAUUUCAGAUUUCGGAGAAUUCGACUUUGUAAUAGUAGGCGCUGGUUCCGCUGGCACCGUGGUGGCCAACAGGUUGUCAGAGGUGUCAACAUGGAAAAUACUGUUGCUAGAUGCUGGAAGCUUCGGUGAUAAUCUGACAGACAUCCCGAACAUGUACUUCCCAGUUGAAUUCUCGAAAUACAAUUGGGGUUUUACCAGUACCUCUCAGAAAACCGCGUGCCUAGGUAUGGUUGACAAGAAAUGCCCACUGGCUCGAGGCAAAGGAAUUGGCGGUACGACUUUAAUAAACGGCCUGGUAUACUCCAGAGGAUCCAGCAUAGACUUCGACAGGUGGGGCAAACACGUGAACGACUCCAGGUGGGCCUACCCCUCAGUAUUAAAGUUCUUCAAGAAGUCGGAAGACUUCCACCAUCGCGACAAAGACGCACCUGUUGUUGAAUCCGUUCACGGCGUGAAAGGAUAUCUAAAUGUCGAGUACCACUUACCGAGAAGCCCCCAGUUGAACGCCUUCCUCAAGGCAAACGAGGAACUUGGUAUGCCCGUUGCUGACUACAACGCUGGUACUGGGCUAGGAGCAUCACCAGCGCAAAUAAAUACCAAGAAUGGUAGGCGGUACGAUGGAGGAAAGGCCUUUGUCCGACCGGUUUUGAAAAGAAACAACCUUCAAGUGUUAGAGAACAGUUACGUGACGAAAAUUCUGAUAGACAAAGCUACUAAAACCACUAAAGGAGUUUCCUUUACUCGUAACGGAGAGAGUUAUGUCGCGAGUGCUAAAAAAGAAGUGGUAUUAUGCGCUGGAGCCAUCAGUUCUCCACACAUCUUGCUGUUAUCGGGCGUAGGCCCAAAGAAACAUCUAGAAUCAAAGCAAAUCGAUGUGAUACAAGACUUAGAAGUGGGAAGUAGUUUAAAAGACCACCCCACCUUUUACGGUUUGAACUUUGGGAGCAACUACACUGAACCUGUAAUGUCUGUGAGGGAACAAGUGGAAAUAUUCCUACGUGGCUUUGGACCACUUGCUGCUCCUGGAAACAACCAAGGGGUAGGUUUUUAUGAAUCACAGUUUACAAAUGGCACCGGAUAUCCAGACAUAGAAAUCAUGUUUAUUCCAGCAAACGCAACAACCGAUUUAUCACAGAAAGCAUUCCGCUUAACGGAUCAAUCCUACCAGGACGUCUGGGGACACAAUAAUCGCUCUCAGACAUAUAUUCUAUACGUAGUAGCUUUACAUGCUGAAUCUAAAGGCACCGUGAGACUGAAAAGCAACGACCCCUUCAACUACCCCUUAAUCAACACAAAUUUCUUGUCGGAUCCUGCAAGUAAAGACAUUAAAACCAUAUACGAAGGCAUUCAACUGGGUCUUAAGUUGGCAGGUACUAAAUCCUUGCAAAAAAUAGCGUCGAAACUCCAAGGAGGACCGUUGAAGGCCUGUAAGAACUUCAAAUAUCUUACUGAAAAAUAUUGGUACUGCGCCAUAAGGCAGAUAUCUAUGGAUUUGUACCAUCCUGUCGGGACUUGUCCAAUGGGGCGGUUCCCUGAUAAGGGAGACGUUGUAAAUUCCAGGCUUCAGGUUCAUGGGGUCAAGAAUUUGAGAGUUGCUGAUGCUAGCGUUUUCCCAUUUACUUUUGCUGGCCAUCCCAAUGCCCCUUCUGUUAUGGUUGGCGAGCAGGUGUCGGAUAUCCUGAAAGAAGACCAUCUGAGACAGAGACCAACAUUAUCUUAAGUUUUGAACUAUUAUUUUUGUCAAUUUAAUAAAAAUGUAGCAGUGUGGAUGUCUUGUACACAGAA